AUGUCAGACCUACGCUAUUUUCAAACAACUAAGAAGGGGGAGAUACACGAGCUGAAGGAAGAAUUGCAUUCAUCCCAUAAAGAAAAAAAAAAGGAGGCCAUAAAGAAAAUCAUAGCAGCUAUGACUGUUGGUAAGGAUGUGUCGACUUUAUUUUCAGAUGUUGUAAAUUGCAUGCAAACAUCAAAUAUAGAAUUAAAAAAGUUAGUGUAUUUAUAUGUAAUAAAUUAUGCAAAAGUGCAACCCGAGCUAGCUAUUUUGGCUGUUAAUACUUUUAGAAAAGAUUCUUCUGAUCCAAAUCCCCUUAUAAGAGCACUAGCCAUAAGAACUAUGGGAUGUAUACGAUUAGAACAGAUAACUGAAUAUUUAAUAGAACCUCUUAGAAGAUGUUUAAAGGAUGAGGAUCCAUAUGUGCGAAAAACAGCAGUUAUAUGUAUAGCUAAAUUGUACGAUAUUUCCCCAAAAUUAGUAGAAGAAGAGGGUUUUAUAGAAACCCUUUUGAAUAUUCUAGAUGAUAACAAUGCUAUGGUAGUAGCUAAUGCUAUCAUUUCUUUAACUGACAUAUGUGAAAAUUCAAAUAAGAGUAUAUUAAAAGAUGUAAUAAAUAAAGAUGAUAAUAAUGUAAAUAAAUUAUUGAAUGCUAUAAAUGAAUGUGUUGAAUGGGGACAAGUGUUUAUAUUAGAUGCAUUAGUACUAUAUGAACCUAAAACUAGUAAAGAUGCAGAAAGAGUAUUAGAAAGAAUUUUGCCAAGAUUAUCGCAUGCAAAUUCCGCAGUUGUGUUAUCAUCUAUUAAAGUCAUUUUAAGUUUAUUAGAAAGAAUAACAGAUAAAGAAUUUAUAAAAAAUGUACAUAAGAAAUUAAGCCCAUCAUUAGUUACAUUACUAUCAGCAGAACCAGAAAUACAAUACAUAGCACUAAGAAAUAUUAAUUUAAUUACUCAGAAAUUACCAAAUAUGCUUACAGAUAAAAUUAAUAUGUUUUUCUGUAAAUAUAAUGAACCGGCUUAUGUGAAAAUGGAAAAGUUAGAUAUAAUCAUUAGACUCGUGUCGGAUAAAAAUGUAGAUCUAGUUCUUUACGAAUUAAAAGAAUAUUCAACAGAAGUAGAUGUUGAAUUUGUAAAAAAGAGUGUUCGAGCUAUUGGCAAUUGUGCAAUCAAGUUACCCCAAUCAAGUGAAAAAUGUAUAAACAUUUUACUAGAUCUAAUAGAUACAAAAAUUAAUUAUGUCAUUCAAGAAUGUAUAGUAGUAAUAAAAGAUAUAUUUCGAAAGUAUCCUAAUAAAUAUGAAAGCAUUAUAACAAUCUUAUGUGAAAAUUUAGAAUCAUUAGAUGAGUCUAAUGCUAAAGCUUCUCUAAUAUGGAUUAUAGGAGAAUAUGUGGAAAGAAUUGAAAAUGCAGAUGAACUAAUUGAUUCAUUUUUAGAAAAUUUUAAUGAUGAACCAUAUAAUGUACAGUUACAAAUACUAACAGCUAGUGUUAAAUUAUUCUUAAAAUGCUCAAAAAAUACCAAAGAUAUUAUAACGAAAGUACUGAAAUUAUCUACUGAAGAAAGUGAUAACCCUGAUUUGAGGGAUAGGGCAUAUAUAUAUUGGAGGCUGUUAUCAAAGAAUAUAGAUGUAGCAAAAAAAAUUGUAUUAGCUGAAAAACCUCCUAUUCAAGAAGAUAAUAAAAUUACUGAUAUAAAAGUAUUAAAUAAACUAAUUAAAAAUAUAUCCAUGCUUUCUUCCGUUUAUCAUAAAUUACCAGAAACAUUUAUUGCAAAGAGGACUAACUACGCAUUGCAAAAUAGUAAGCAUGCUCAUGAUAACGAUGACGAUCGUUUUGAUCAUGAUAAUUGUAGUGAUCAUUGUGGUGACCACUACAAGGGCAAGUACAAUGACAAGUACAUAGGUCAUUACAAUGACAAGUACAACGACCACUACAAUGAUAAGGGUAACGACUUUAAUGUUUUAAAGAUGAAGAAACAGAUUGAGAGAAAAAAAUAUGAUAGCUAUUCUAGUGAUAGUAGGAAAUCAAACCAUUCAAAAUCGAGUAGUGAAUCUUAUAAUAAUUCAUCAGAUGAUGAUCCAAAUGAUGAAAAAGGCAAUCCAGAUGAUAGUAAAAAAUCGAUAGAUUUAAUUGGUUUAAAUGAAGAUCAUAUUUCCAAUAGUAAACCAAAGAGAAAUGCACCUCCUGUCAAAUUAGUUCAAGUAUUAUCCCCAGAGGAUACUGGUUUAAAAGGACAAACAGGCUUGUCUAUCCUCUCAUCCAUAAAUCGAAUUGAAGGAAAAAUUCAGUUAAAAAUAGCCGUGACAAACCAAACGCCCAAUAUGUUGGUUGUCUCAGGAGUUCAGAUAAACAAAAAUUCAUUUGGUUUAUCCUCGCCGAACAACCUGGACAUACUGAACAUUUCCCUAGGGGAAACGAAGGAAAUUUUAAUGCUGUUACUUCCGAACAUGCUGAAUUCCAACACGCCACCAUCAACUCCUUUGUUCUUGCAGGUUGCCAUAAGAACGAACAUAGACAUAUUCUACUUCAACGUGCCCUACGACAUUUUUAUCGUUUUUGUGGAAAAUUUUAACAUGGAAAAAGAUAUCUUCAAGAAGAAGUGGCAGCUGAUAGAGGACUCAAAGGAGAGCGUACUGAUGGCGUCAAGUCCUAUGGUUAUUACAUCUGACAUUUUAAUAAAGCGGAUGAAGAUUUUUAAUAUUUCUUUAAUAGCUAGGAGAAAUUUAAAUAAUAUGGAACUAUACUACUUUGCCUGCAUAACGACAAACAAUUUGGUUAUACUUAGUGAAGUCACUAUCCAGCCGGAAAAGAAAGUUGUUAAGUUAUGUGUUAGGACUGAUUCCGCAUCAGUGAUACCACUGUAUAAAUUGCUCUUUAUCAAAGCCUUCUCACUAAGCGUAACUCAGACAUGA